GUGAUUUUAAUAUAGGAACAAUCGGGUGACUUCACGUUUUGGUGUUCCUACAAGUGUGGCAAAUAGAAUGCUGUGAAGCAGACAGGACACGCUACUUCUCGUGUCGUUUCAUUCAAUUGCUCUCUCUCUCUCUCUCUCUCUCUUUAAUGCUUAUAUGAACUACUGAAAAUUCUGCCACCUUUGCUUGCUGAACCACUUCCAAAUUCCAAGAAGAGCAGAAAAGAAAAGAAAGAAAACCAAAAGGGGAAGAGGAGAAAUGGUUGAAUCAUCAGCAGCAAUAACUGAUUUGCUCCGCCAGUGUGGUGGUUAUGCAGUCAUAGAUGGUGGUCUUGCUACAGAACUUGAACGUCAUGGUGCUGACCUCAAUGAUCCUCUAUGGAGUGCCAAAUGUCUCAUGACUUCCCCUCACCUCAUCAGAAGAGUACACCUUGAUUACCUUGAAGCUGGUGCUAAUAUCGUAAUAUCUGCAUCAUAUCAGGCUACUCUUCAGGGAUUUGUAGCUAAGGGGAUAUCAAGAGAAGAAGGUGAAGCUUUACUGAGGAAAAGUGUUGAAAUAGCACGCGAGGCACGGGAUAUAUAUUGUGAUAGAGCCAGCAAAGGUUCUUGGGAUGUUAUUGGUGAUCCAAAAGCUUUAAAACGUCCACUCCUUGUUGCUGCUUCUGUUGGAAGCUAUGGAGCUUAUCUUGCUGAUGGCUCUGAGUAUAGUGGCAUAUAUGGGGAUGCGGUGACUCUGGAGACUUUGAAAGAUUUCCAUAGAAGAAGAGUUCAGGUUCUUGCUGACUCUGGUGCUGAUCUGAUUGCAUUUGAGACAAUUCCAAACAAAUUGGAAGCUAUGGCCUAUGCUGAGAUUCUCGAGGAAGAGAACAUAAAAAUUCCGGCCUGGUUUUCUUUCAAUUCUAAGGAUGGGAUCAAUGUAGUUUGUGGGGAUCCUAUAUCAGAUUGUGCUGCAAUUGCUGAUUCAUGUGAUCGAGUUGUUGCUGUUGGAAUCAACUGCACUGCUCCUAGAUAUAUUGAUGGACUUGUCCGAUCAAUCAAGAAGGUCACUACUAAACCGAUCCUGAUAUAUCCGAACAGUGGUGAAACUUAUGAUCCUGACAGAAAGGAAUGGGUGGUGAGUAGCUUGGUCUGUAGAAGAGCUCUUUCAUGUUUUCUCGAUAGCCUACAACAGGGGUUGCAGAAGGAGAUUUUGUAUCCUACGUUGGGAAAUGGCGCGACUCGGGGGCCUCUCUCAUCGGAGGUUGUUGCAGGACCACUCCGAACACCAUCAGAGCAAUCUCUAAAUCUCUAUCUAGCCAACAAGACUCCUUAAAUUUUGUAGCGCCCUGAAAUUCCAAGUCUUAUUUUCAUAACCAGCAAGACUAGGCAAGGCCCAGUCCUGUCUCCAUGUGUAUGCUUCACGCCUAAAUAAAUGUUAGUUAACUCUCGGGUUGUUGUUUUUUUU